AUGCUACUCCUACUCGCCUGCAGCCGCGCUCGGCCGCCGCUCGCGCCCGCCGCCUCGCCGCUGCGAGCCUCCGCACCGCAGAUGGUAUUCGGGCCGAAGCUUCCGCCAGAGGUUGCCGUCGUGCUCCGGCCUGCUUACGAAGGCGCCGCACGUGGUGGCGAGCCUUUCGUGGUCGGCACGGAGGCAGAACUCCGUGCAAUCUGGUCGGCGAUGCUCAAGGUCUACGGCAACGAGGCGGACGCUCGGCUCGCUGUGGCGCGCAACCAGCAGGUCAUACUCCCCUACAUAAACUCGCCCGCGGUUAUCACUGGCGCUCAUCGGGCGCUGCUCCAAAAGUUCGGGGCCGAGGACGCGGCCAAAAUCAUCCGGCAGAACCCGGGCAUCCUCGCUUGUGACCCCGCGGCGCUGGCCGCGACACCGAGCCGUGACAUCGAGAGCGCCGCCAGCUUCGUCGCCGCCUUUGACUCGCUGCCUCGCGGCGCGCGAGAAGGUGUCCCCUUUGCCACCUUUGCGCUCCUCGCUGGCACCAUCGGGGCGCGCCUCGCGACGUGCGCCGGCCGGGUGUGCGGCAGCUCGGCCGAUUGGGACCUGAAGGGCGGGCUGGGCGUGCAGGCUAAGGCCUGGGUUCUCGCGCACAUGCCGAUGUAG